AUGUUGGAUGCUCUUUCGACAAGCUCAAACAGAGAAGACAUCGUUCCCAAACCCCAGAUUCUGAAAGAUCUGCUUGCUGCGCUUGAGCCGCGUUGUAUGGCUACUGGAUUCUCUGAUCUUGUUUUGACAUGGGAUUCAAGAAUUCACAACCAAACAGCGCUCUUCGAACUCAUGGACGGUCAACCCUCGGCUGGACCUUUCCCUAGCCCUGAGGGGCUUGGAAAACUAAUUGCUGCUUUUCGAUCGGGAAUGUAG